UUGGCCCGGGCGGGGCGAUGACAUCAUGCCCGCCGCCGCGGUUUGGGGGGGGCAGUUUCGUUCCGGCUCGGCUCGGCUCGGCCAUGGACCGGCAGCGGGCCCCGGUCGCGCAGGAGUGACCCCUUGUGAGGCCGGCGGGAUCCCAAGCGCAGCGCAUCCCUGUGAGCACCGCCCGGCUCCGUCUCGGCCGCCCCGGCGCAGCCCCCGUCCCACCGCGGCGAUGCCGAUCCUCAAGCAACUCGUGUCCAACUCUGCCCACUCCAAGCGGCGCUCCCGGGCGGACCUGACGGCCGAGAUGAUCAGCGCGCCGCUGGGCGACUUCCGCCACACCAUGCACGUGGGGAGGGCAGGGGACGCCUUUGGGGACACCUCCUUCCUCACCAGCAAGGCUGGGGAGCCGGGGAUGGAGCCGGGCGAGGAGCCGGGAGCCUCCAAGCCCAGCCUCCUGUCCCGCCGCUUCCGCAGCAGCAAGCGCUCGCAGUCGGUGACGCGAGGGGACCGCCGGGACAUGCUGGGCUCGCUGCGGGACUCGGCGCUCUUCGUCAAGAACGCGGUGUCCCUGCCCCAGCUCAACGAGAAGGACGUGGACCGGAGCGCGGGGCAGCUCCCCAAGAGCCUCUCCUCCAGCCCCGUCAAGAAGCUGCCCGAGGAGGGGAGUCCCGAAGAGCAGCAGCGUCCAAACGGGGCGGCCGCGGGGCCGCUGAGCCCCGGCUUGGACGAGCGCGACUUCGGGGACAUCACGGAGCUGCCCGUGGUGGUGGCCAAGAGCGGGGCGGGCAUGAAGCACGCCGAGUCCAUCAUGUCCUUCCACAUCGACCUGGGGCCCUCCAUGCUCGGCGACGUCCUGAGCAUCAUGGAUAAGGAGCAGUGGGAGCAGGAUGAAGACCCUGAGGCGGAGGAGAGCCGCGAGGAGGAGGAGGAUGAGGAGGAUGCCGCCACCCUGCCUGGCUCCCCGGCAGCAUUCCCAAUGAGCCAGAGCCCGUCCCGCGGCGUUCGCUGCCCCCCCAGGGACAGCAGUUCAGGGCCAGAGGAGCGCAGCCCCGUCCCUGUGCCCCUGAGCCAGCGGGGGGGGCCCCCAAAACGCCCCGACAAGGAGUUCUCAUUCGCUGAUGAAGAUGAUGAUGAGAUCAGAGUAUAAGAGGCGGGCGCUGAGGGCUUUGGUUCUCAUCCGCGGUGGUUGGACACGGGGCUGAGUGUCCCCGGGUGGCACUGGGGGGACUUGACUCAUGCCUCCUUCCCUCUCCCCAUCCCAGCAGGACAGUGCUCAGCUCCUGGGAAUGGGGACACCGACACCCCCGGGGAGCUGCGGCACGUCCUGGGAGGGGAAAGCAGACUCUGUUUCAGUUCUUUCUGUUGGACUUUGGAUAUUAGCUUUUCUUCUGCCCCCUCUUGCCCAUGUAAAGCAAUAUAGGGCCGGCCAAGGCGAGGCUUCCGAGUUUUAGCCCCUUUAGUAAUAUAUUUUUUUCCACCGUACCGUUUUUACUGCUCUCUGAUUUGUACUUUUCCUUACUCUCGCUUUUGGUUUUAAUGGAGGGGAGGUUUCCCAUGAGGAAGGACUUGGCUCGGGAGCUCAGAUGAGGCUCCGACUCCCUGGGCUUCCGGGGGACUUCCGACAGACCAAGAGCCUCCAGCCCUGUGCUGUGAUGGGGGCUCGCUCCACAUCCCUCCGAUGGAUGGAUGGAUGGAUGGAAGGAAGGAUGGAUCCAUCCCGGAUGCUUGACACUACAAAUGGGGGGAUGCUCCUGGCCAUCCCUGCCUCCGACUGCUCCCAGGGAUGCUGAUGGGAGUGUGGGUCUGUCCCCUGUGAGCCAGGCUGAGCCCUGAGGUGUCUGUGCUGGGCAGCCCCUGUUGUGGCAUUGCUCUGCCCGGGCAGUGCUGACACGGGCCUGGUGCAGGUGCUUCAAGAGCAGGUUUUAUACCAUGUAUGUACAAAUGCAAAGAAUAAAAGGAACCGGUAGUGA